AUGGACAUUACUAAUUUUGUGAGCGAGUUGCCCAAAUGCGAGCAACACCUUCAUAUAGAAGGCACGUUGACGGCUGAACGGCGCUGGUUAUGUGCACAAGCAAACGGGAUUGAUAUUCCUGGGGUGAGGUCUUUGGAAGAGCUCAAAAAGCAAUAUUUGACCGAAUACCUUUAUGAAGAGGGCCAAGAUGCCACCAGAUACUUGCAGGAGUUUUUGGAGGUAUACUAUGCCUCCAUGAAUGUCUUGCUCACAGAGGACGAUUUUUACCAUUUGGCUUUGGACUACAUUAAAGUUGCACGGUCUCAAAAUAUCAGAUACCUGGAGGCCUUUUUUGAUCCACAGGCUCACACUUCGCGUGGGGUGGGCUUUGACACCGUGAUGAAUGGCCUUUUAAGGGCUCAGAAGAAGGCCCCAAUGUACGGUGUUCAAGUUCAAUGGAUAUUAUGCGUUGUGAGAGACAUGUCAGCUGAUAGUGCUCUUGAAACGAUCCGCCAGGCAGAACCGUAUAAAGGUAAAAUAAUAGCUUUGGGUCUGGACUCCGACGAGCACAACAAUCCGCCAAGUAAAUUUCAGGAGACGUUUUUGAUUGCUCGUUCAUACGGGUGGAAGAUUACUGCGCAUUGCGAUGUUGACCAGAAAAAUACACAUGACCAUAUCCAUUACGCAGUGACUCAACUGGGAGGAAAGAAACACAAGCCAGCUGCCCAUGAGAUUGAGAACUCAGAGUUAUAUCUAACUCCCCAGCUUGAGAGUGGUGCCGAUAGAAUAGACCAUGGGCUGAAUGUUGCUGACAAGCCCGAAUUGUUGGAGCUGGUCAAAAAGGCCAAUGUAGGACUCACGCUAUGUCCUAUGGGCUAUCAAAAGCAUUUGGGACCGCACAACGUAUUCCCAAAAGUUGUCAGACUCCAUCGCUAUGGGAUUCCAAUAACUUUAAACAGUGAUGAUCCAGCGUAUCUUGUUUACUCAAAGACGGGGACAAUUUUAGGUGUUGCAGAAGGCGCAGCUUUCUUCUCGAACUAG